AUGACUGAGAAGGUUAUGGAAGACUGCAAGACUAGAAAUGUCAACACACGUAGACAUAAGCUCUCUCAAUUAACAGGCAUGAAAAAAGAAAUUGAGCAAUUAAUGGAAGAUGAUGCAAAUGUUGACCUCGUUAAAAAUAAAUUACGAGUUGACUUUAGCUCUUUGCAGCAAGACUUUGCUAGCCUAAAUUCUGAACUGCAACAACUUAUGAGUGAAGAUGAAUUUUUGGAAGAUCAAAAUAGUUGGUUUGAUCCAAAGAACAAGUCCCUGAAUGAUUUCUUUUGGAAAUGUGAAGGGUGGAUGAAUGAAGUCAUGAAACGCUCUGAACAGAACAGAGAGGACGACAUAGGAAAGCAGGCAGAUAAUAGGUCCAUAUCAUCAAAGUCGGCAAGCAAACGCUCCAGUAGAUCUGGAUCACAACGUGGAAGCAUUUCCUCUACAUCUUCCUCUAUUAGAUUAAAGGUAGAAAUGGAGCGUGCUGCAUUAAAGGCAAAGGCUGCAGCUCUGGAGAAGAGUUUGGCAAUAGAAAAGGAAGAAGCGGAUUGGUAUGCAGAAAUGAAAGGAAAAGAGGCUCAAUUGCAGGCAGAAGAAAAACAAAGAGAGGCUGCAAUAAAGGCUAAAAAGGAAAUGCAUGCUAUGCAGACUGCCCUUGCUGAGUCAGAUGCAAAACUGGAAGUUUUGCAAAAAUAUGAAGAUACACAGCCAGACAUGAGCAUUUUUGCAGAUGAUGAUCAGAAUGGCAAAACUGAGAUUAAAACCACAUUCCACCCAACAUCGCAAUACGUCUCAUCUGCACCCUACGAUGACGACGAUGUGCAGACACCAAUGCAAGAAAGGACAGUGCCUGCGCCAAGCACUGAAAGGGCUGGUGAACCUGUGCUCGAUAGUUUGUGUCAAGCCAUUUCUCAGCAAGUUAAUGUCACUGAGUACCUGGUAAAGAAUCACAAAGCUUCUUUAUUACCUGACAUCUCCAUUCCAACUUUCAACGGAGAUCCACUUGAAUACAACUCUUUUAUCGGUUCCAUUGAACAUGGAAUUGAAAACCGUACUGACUCUUGCAUGUCUUUGCUGCAGUACACGAGUGGACAACCCCAUGAGUUGGUUAAAAGUUACAUCCACAUGGAACCUUCAGUGGGUUAUAGAAAGGCGAAACAAAUUGUCGUGGUCCUGGGUCGUUGA